UUCAAACCUUUUACACGUACUGUUGACCACAUUCAACUUUUCUUUAAAAAUACUGAACUUUAAAUUCGUAGUGACGUGUCGGAAAUACAAAAAGAAGUUAAAAUAUGAAAUAAUUAUAAAAGAGUUUGUGUAUUAAGAAGAUCACGUCAGUUAAAGAUGAAUUUUAACGCCAAUACAGGGGCAAGACCGACGUCUGUACGUAAAGUUAAGAGGGUUAGCGAUGUAAAUGCAAUGGGUUACAACCCUUACCCCCAGCAGCCACCUGCAGCAUACCAACCCAACAGCACACCAUUAGCUCCUGCUGGUUAUUCAUAUGAACCAACUCCAAUAGGUAAUUUUGUAGAUUACGGUAAUCCCCAAGUGCAACAACAAUAUGCCACACCAACACAACCACAGUUCAACCCCCAGAAUCCUAAUAUGGUGGGAGUUCAAUUCAAUCCAUAUGUGGCUAAUACACCUUCCACACAAAUGGGAAAUGUUUUUGCGCAACCAAUUGUUCAGGAUAUGGCAUUUCAAUAUAGUCAGCAGUUAGCCAAUACCGGUAAGGAUAUGGUAAAACAAGGACUGGAACAGUAUGUGGCAGUAUCUAGACUAAAAUAUUAUUUUGCUGUUGACACAAAGUAUGUGAUUUCGAAGUUAGGUCUAUUGUUCUUCCCAUUUAUGCAUUCGGAUUGGUCUGUCAAAUAUGAGCAGGGUGGUGAUCCUAUUCAACCUAGGUUUGAAGUAAAUGCACCCGAUUUGUAUAUACCCACCAUGGCGUAUUUUACAUAUAUUUUAGUCACAGGUUUAAUGCUAGGGAUGCAACAACGAUUUACACCUGAACAAAUCGUCAUGCAAGCAUCAUCCGCCCUGGCUUGGUGCAUUGUCGAGUUGGUUGUGUACAGUUGCACGCGGUACAUUAUUAAUUUACAAAUAGGGUUACAUACGAUGGACUUAUUGGCAUACAGCGGUUAUAAAUAUGUAGGGAUAAUAGCUAUUAUUUUAAUUAGUUUAGUAAGUGGUCAUAAUGGAUAUUAUGCUCUCUUUCUUUACGUUAAUCUAGCAUUGAUGUUCUUUUUGAUACGAUCACUUACAGGGCCAAUUUUACAAGAGAAACAGGUCCAAUAUUAUGGGGAAGCCCCUGCGCCUAGAAAUAAAAGGCGCCUAUAUUUUCUUCUUUUAAUUAUCAUUAGUCAGCCUGCAUUGUCGUGGUGGCUUUCCUAUCAUUUGCUACCUCCAAACACGCCUGUUGUUGCAAACAGAUAAUCGCAAAGUGUAAAAUGAACGUAGUUAGUAUGAAUGUGUCUACAAUGUAAAUGACGUUUGACAAGUUUUUGCUACGCGGAUGAUUUUAUAAAAUCUGAUACUGAACUUGUAUGCUAUUUAAGAACAACCCGUUUAUUUAUAACUUCCUACUUUGAUAUUAAAAUAAGAAUGGUUACCCGCAUAGCUAAUAUUAAAAACUAUGAGUAUAAUGAACAUAUUUUUUGAGGAUUGUUUAAUCUAAAAUUUGUAAAUAGAUAUAAAUACAUGCUUUUUGUAAUAAAACCUUAAGUUUAUUAAUAAUAAUUUUGCGAAUCUGACUUAAUGGAAUUUCCAAGUACGUCUGGAAUUAAAAUAGUUCCUUAAAUGUCCCGUCUAUGGCUCAAACUCUUUAGUCAGUAAUAAUUUAAUUUUAGUGUUUUAGUGUAGGCAACAUUAAGGUCAAUGCACCAUACAAUUUAGUUUUCAAAACCCUUCUACCAUUAUGGUGUAGGGAAAAUAAAUUAACAUAUUCUACCA